AUGUCGACUGUUGCCCCCAAAGCUUACGUUGACGAAUCGGCGUCAUGGAAAUCGUUCAAGCUUGAUCCCAGACUCACACAGGCGAUUGAGCGAAUGGGGUUUGAACACCCCACCCUCGUUCAGUCCCUGGUCAUCCCCCUCGCCAUUGAUGAGAAGCGCGAUGUCAUCGCCAAAUCAAGCACUGGUUCGGGGAAGACUGCAGCCUAUGUCAUUCCCAUCAUAAACCACUUGUUGACUACCCAAGCUAAAGGCAUUCAAGCCAUUAUUUUGGUGCCCACCCGUGAGUUGGCAGUUCAGGUCACUCAAUACAUCGAGAAAGUGGUGAUGUACUGCGGCGCCUCUGGUAAGAUCAACACCGUGAAUCUUGGGGCCAAUCUCAGUGAUGCUGUGGUCAGACUGAUGCUUGUUGGUAGACUGCCUGAGAUCAUCGUUGCCACCCCGGGUAAGCUUAUCAAAACUCUUGCUGCGAACAAGCUGGAGCUUCCUCAGUUGUCGCAGACCGUGUCACAGUUGGUUAUCGAUGAAGUGGAUCUUAUAGUGUCUUAUGGCUACAUGGACGACUUGCAAACGCUCUCUCAAGAAUGGUUACCGAUCAAGAAGAACUUACAAACCUACCUUAUGAGUGCCACUAUUAACGAUGAUGUUAAUGAACUAAAACAAAAGUUUUGCACCAAGCCAGCAAUUGUGAAGGUCAACGACAACGUUGGCCAAACCAACUUGGUUCAAUACUACGCCAACACCACUGAAUUUGACAAGUUUUUGUUGGCCUACGUCAUUUACAAGCUUAAUCUUAUCAAAGGUAAGCUGAUCAUUUUUGUUAACAAUAUCGACCGAGGGUACCGCCUCAAGCUUUUCCUCGAGCAAUUUGGCAUUCGCUGUUGCAUUCUUAAUUCCGAACUUCCUAUCAAUUCGCGUCUACACAUUGUCGAGGAAUUCAACAAGAACGUGUACUCUUUAUUAAUUGCUACCGACGAGUCUAACGACGUGCAAGAAGAUGAAGAUGCCGACGAAGAAACUAAAAAAAUCAAGAACAAGGGCGAAUACGGGGUAUCGCGUGGUGUCGAUUUCCGUAACGUUGCGUGCGUGCUCAACUUUGACUUGCCGACCACUGCCAAGGCCUAUGUUCAUCGUAUAGGGCGUACCGCUCGUGCUGGCAAAGCGGGGAUGGCGUUGCUGUUUGUCAUUCCUCAACUGGAAGUGGGCAAGCAUAAGGUGGCAGGAUUGCCGCUGGCAAAAAAGGAUGAAAAGGUUAUGCGUAAGAUUGUUAAACAACAAGAGAAGAACGGGUUUGAAAUCAAGCCAUAUCAAUUUGACAUGAAGCAGGUGGAUGGUUUCCGUUACCGUCUGGAAGAUGCUUUCAGAGCCGUCACCUCCACUGCCAUUCGGGAAGCUCGUGUGGCCGAGCUUAAGCAUGAGUUGAUAAAUUCGGACAAACUUAAGCGGUUCUUCGAGGAAAACCCUCAAGACAUGGCCUCAUUACGACACGAUAAAGAGUUGCACCCGUCGCGGGUUCAAUCACAUCUUAAACGGGUACCCGAUUACUUGUUGCCUGAGCAGGCAAGACAAGACCGGGGCAAGAACAUCGGCUUCGUGCCCUUCCACAAGCUGACACGGAAACACCGUGUUGGCAAGAAACGUGGGGGAAAGAAGCGCGAUGUGUUGAAAAUGUAG